AUGGCGAACGCCAGUGACCUGGCCGGAGCCAGCAGCCCGGCCCCGAGCAGCGCUGCGGGCGGCGGAGGCAGCGGCGGGGGCAGCGGGGGCGGCGGCCCGGCAGCACUGGGCCUCAAGCUGGCCUCGCUCAGCCUCAUCCUGUGCAUCAGCCUGGCCGGCAACGUGCUCUUCGUGCUGCUCAUCCUCCGGGACCGCCACCUGCACCGGGCGCCCUACUACCUGCUGCUCGACCUGUGCCUGGCCGACGGGCUGCGCUCGCUCGCCUGCUUCCCGGCGGUGCUGCUGUCCGUGCGCCGGGGCGCGGGCGCUGCUGGCGGGGCGCCGCCGCCCGGCGCGCUCGGCUGCAAGUUGCUCGCCUUCCUGGCCGUGCUCUUUUGCUUCCACGCCGCCUUCCUGCUGCUGGGCGUGGGCGUCACCCGCUACCUGGCCAUAGCCCAUCACCGCUUCUAUGCCAAGCGCCUGACGGGCUGGCCGUGCGCCGCCGUGGUGUGCGUGGCGUGGGUGCUGGCCCUGGCCAUGGCCUUCCCGCCCGUCCUGGACGUGGGCACCUACCGCUUUGUCCGGGAGGAGGCGCAGUGCACCUUCGAGCACCGCCACGUCGGGGCCAACGAUACGCUGGGCUUCAUGCUCAUGCUGGCCGCGGUGGUGGGCGCCACGCACCUGGUUUACCUUCGCCUGCUCUUCUUCAUCCACGACCGCCGAAAGAUGAAGCCCGCCCAGCUGGUGCCCGCCGUCAGCCAGAACUGGACCUUCCACGGGCCGGGCGCCACGGGCCAGGCGGCCGCCAACUGGACAGCGGGCUUCGGCAGGGGUCCCACGCCGCCCACGCUGGUGGGCAUCCGCCCGGCCGGCCCGGGUCCCGGGGGGCAGGCCCGGCGCCUCCUGGUGCUGGAGGAGUUCAAGACCGAGAAGAGGCUCUGCAAGAUGUUUUACAUGAUCACCCUCCUCUUCCUCCUCCUCUGGGGCCCCUACAUCGUGGCCUGCUACCUGAGGGUCUUCAUCAAGGCUGGCGCCGUGCCCCAGGGCUACCUGACCACCUCAGUGUGGCUCACCUUUGCCCAGGCCGGCGUGAACCCCAUCCUUUGUUUCAUCUUUAACAAGGAGCUGAGAGUCUGCUUCCGAGCUCAUUUCCCCUGCGGCCAGAGCCCCCAGACCACUCAGGGGACCCUUCUCUGCGAUUUGAAAAGCAUUGGCAUAUAACAGCACCCACGCUCUCCUGCCCCUCCCCUCUCUCACGGGCUGUGAUUUCUCUCUCCCCCCCCCCCCCCGGAGGUGGGGUGGAAAUCAAGUCGUUUCUGCUCCUUUUCUAGGUUGUCUUUCAUACGGAGACCACAGACUUUAAACGGGGACAGAAUCUACAUUUAGACUGGCGACAAGUAAUUUUUGUGAAUUGGUAUUUGCUUUUGAAUAAGGCACCUCCCCCCUUUCCUAACAGUCUUGGCCACAUUUAUCUUCUAAAGUAGAUUUUGAUCUGGACAAUAAACCCUGCGGUGUUUUGUACAGUACUGACGUCUUUUUUUUUUUUUUUUAUAAAGCCUAAACUAAUUUUAUUUGUGCAAGGCCAAGACCAAUUUUCUACAGAAGCUAUUUUUGACAACCUCAAGUGGUAUUAUAUUUUGAAGGGAAGUAAAAGAGAAUGGGACUUUUAACGAUUUCACGGGUUAGAUUUCUUGAGGGUCUUCUGUUAGAACCAGGCAAAUGGAACAAAAUACUAAAAUUGAAAUUGCCGGUUAAACAGCUGCUGUUGAUAUUGUAGAUACACUGUAGCAAACUGGGAGUGAUGAUAUUUAUCGCACUAUUCCGUUGGAAACAAUUAAGAACGUUGUGAGAAAAUGGAUUUAAAAUUGGAGAGUUAAAGUUUAAUUCAGCAGCAGUAAGGCAGUCAUUUUUAAGCAGUGAAAUUUACUAACUUCUUAAGCAAAAUUAUAAUACUUCUGGAAAAUACUUGUA